GCAGAAAUGUCAGGGGACCUGGAAGCCAAGAGCUGGGGCUCCACACCAAACAGGGUUCAGUUAUUCUGCUAUGAGUGGACCAUUUCCAACUUUUCAUUUUGCAUGGGAGGAAUUCGGAAAAAGAUUACAAGCCCAGUGUUCUCCUUAAAGGCCAAAGAGGAAAUGGCAUGGUGUUUGAGGGUAUACCCAAAUGGAGUUGAUGAAGAAAGCAGAGAUUACCUGUCAGUUUUCCUGGUCUUGCUCAGCUGUCCAGACAGGCCAGUUCGGGCAAAUUUAGAGUUCUGGGUCAGAAAUUCCCGAGGAGAGAAAGUUCAAACUAUGAAGAGUGACAGGGUCAAAAGCUUUCUGCAAUGCCAACAGAAGGGAUUCAAAAAGUUCCUCCAUCGGGAUCACCUCUCCGAUGAGCAUGGGCUUCUCCCUGAAGACCAGCUCACCCUCUGCUGCAAGUUGAGCAUAGAAGGAGCUGUCUUUGGUAUACUUGGACAGGACAUGACACCUGCAAUCAAGGAUGUGAGGCCCAUGUUGACAGAUGACCUAGGGGAGCUAUGGGAGAAUUCCCUGUUCACAGACUUCUCCCUGUUGGUAGCUGGGCAAGAAUUCAGGGCUCACAAGGCCAUCCUAGCAGCUCGCUCUCCAGUUUUCAAAGCCAUGUUUGAACAUGAAAUGGAGCAGAGCCUAACGAACCGCAUUAAGAUACUGGACCUGGAUCCCCAAGUCUUCAAGGAGAUGAUGGGCUUCAUCUACACGGGUAAGGCUCCACACCUCGACAGCCACUCCAUGGCCACUGGUGUGCUGGCAGCUGCUGACAAAUAUGGCCUGGAGGGCUUGAAGGCCUUGUGUGAGGAUGCCCUCUGCAGGAACCUCUCUGUAGAGAAUGCUGCACAGACUCUCAUCCUGGCUGACCUUCAAGGCUUAGAGAGGCUGAAGACUCAGGCCCUGGAUUUCAUUGCACUGCAUGCUUCUGAGGUCUCUGAGACCUCAAGGUGGAAGUCAAUGGUGGAGCCAUAUCCCUACCUGGUGGCUAAAGCGUUUCACUGCCUGGCUUCUGCACAGUUUCCUUUUGUGGAACCUAAAGUGAUCUCAGGAUCUAGCCAGUUAUGA